CCCAUUUCAGUGCAGGCAUAAAUUUAGCUGUCACCCUCAAGGCCUCAUUAUUGGGAAAGGGGUGCUACCGAUUUCAGAACCAGACUGCUGUUUCGCCUUGCCACUAUCGAUCCAGCUUCUCUGCCGCUUCCAGCCCGUUUCUCUUCACGACCCCUGAAGAUGUGGGUUUCCUUCCUCCUCGUCUUGCCUGUUCUUUCAGCCGUCUCUGCCCAAGAAGACUUGUCUAGAAAGGUCUUUCUUUUCCGCAACGAGCCCAGCGAAGACUACGUCGUCCUUAAGCCCCAGCCGAAAGAACCACUGCAGAAUUUCACCGUUUGCCUGCGAUCCUACACGGACCUGACUCGGCCCUACGGCCUCUUCUCUUACGCCACACAUUCCGAGGACAACGAGAUCCUCAUUUUCAAGCCCAAGCCGGGAGAAUACCGAGUCUUUGUGGGGGGAGAAUAUGUAUUCUUCAGAGUCCCAGAGGAUCCCCUAAUCUGGGAACACGUCUGCGUUGCCUGGGAAUCAGCCACGGGGACUGUCGAAUUUUGGAUGAACGGGAAGCCCUGGCCGCGGAAGGGGCUGAAGAAAGGUCACACGGUUCCCGCAGAAGCGUUUAUCCUCUUAGGCCAAGAGCAAGACCAUUACGGGGGUUCAGCCGACUCGUACAACUCCUUCUCGGGAGAACUGGCUGAUGUCUAUAUGUGGGACUUCCUUCUUUCACCUCAUAAGAUGAGGUCAGCCUACCAGGAUUUUCAGCUUCCCAGCUGUACUCUGGGGUGGAAGAACCUGCAGUAUGAAAUCAAGGGUGACGUGAUAGUCAAGGCUAGGCUACGAUAACGGGACGGUGUGAAGAUCCAGUCUUGCAAAUAAACCCACAAAAAUCAUAAGAACAUCAGAGACGCCGAUGUUGGAUCAGGCCAAAGGCCCAUC